AUGGAUCUCAGCGAGUGGCCCGAGAAGAGGCUGGCCAUAGACAGGUGGAGCCGACUCACGGCGGUCCCACCUGAGGAGCAGGGCGAGACGUUGCUGCUGCACCUGACAAAGGAGGCGGCGAUAGCGACGAGACAUCUUCGACCAGGAAGUGUACAGUUCGCUGGAGGGCUGCAGAAGGUGAUCAUGGCGCUGGACACGCUGGCCUCCCCAGAGGGGGACGUCGAGACGUUUCAGCAGCUCGAGAAGACGCUGUUCGCAGCACCGAGAGCGCGAGAUGAGACGCUCAUGAAGCUCACGAACAGGAUCCGCGCGGAACAGAGGGAGCUGAUCAGGUUGCUGCCUAGCGCGCUCAACGAGACGGUCAUGGGCUUCCUGCUGCUUCGAGGGGCCGGCCUGGCCAAGACGGAACGCAACCAAGUGCUCAUCCAGACGGGCUACGACUACGACGUGAACAAGCUGGUAGCGAUCCUGAAGCGCAUGACGGACGACAACACGGUCACGGAGAAGACCUCGACAACCAGAGCGGCUUCCUACAUGGCGGGAGUUCGGGAAGAGGAGCCGCAGGAGGAUACUGAGGUCGAGGACGACGACGACCCCAUCUAUGACGCGAUGGCGAACUUGCUGGGCAUAGACGACGACAAGGAGCCAGACGACAAGCUCGAGAACGGCGAGGCUCUCACGGAGGCCGAGGCGCUGGACUGCUUAGCGGCGCUGGUCGGGCCAUCACCAAAGCCCAGGACAUGGGGUGAAGCUCGGAAGAUCGUGGCCGACAAGAAGACGAACAGGGGGUUCCACAACAUCAAGGACAGGAAAAGGACCGAGGAGAAGAUAGAAGACAUCAAGAAGAGGACGAAGUGCGGCAUAUGCAAGAAGCUGGGUCACUGGCACAAGGCGUGCCCCGACAAUCCGAAGAACAAGGGCAGGGUGACGGGCGGCUUCUUCGCGAUGACGGUGCUCCAGGACGACGAGGUGUGUAGCUACGUGGCAACGGAGGCGAAGAUGGCGGAGAGAUCCAACAUGGUCGAGCACAUCACGCUGGCAAUCGACAUCGAGAAGUCGGGCAGGCCAGGCUGGGGCGCGGUCGACACGGCAUGCGGCUUCAACAUGAUGGGCCUGGUCACCUUCGACGCUUGGGCCAAGCACUACAAGGACGUGCACAGCAUCACGCUGGAGACGGUGCCCUACCACAAGAAGUACAGGUUCGGGAACGACCAGGUCUGCACGGCGACGGAGGGCGCGUUCAUUCCGAUCAUGCUGGGCCACUUCAGCGGAGUGAUCUUCGUGUGCCUGGUCAAGGGCGCGGCCCCACUGUUGCUCUCCAAGACGUUCGUUGUGGAGCUGAAGGCGUCACUCCACGCGUUCCAGCCGGAGUUGGACCUGCCAGAGCAGAACGUCAGACUUCCUCUGGCCCACGCUGGAGGUGAGCACUUCCUGCUGCAGCUCGACAGCUUCGCGCGCCCGUGGAGGAAGCCUGAGAGCUGGACUCUGUGCUCGAGGGAGCGGUUUCAGAGCAACCUGGACAACGGGCAAGGGGAGAUCGUAGGUCAGGAGGGUAGAGUACAAGAGCACGGCAACGAGCUAGACAAAAGCAAAGGCAAGCACAACAGCGCCAGAGAAGACAGCAACUACGACAAGCCAAGCAAAGAGAACAACAAGUGCAAUGACAUAGUGGCCGAGGCCACAGAAGCCGCGGCGAAGCCUGUGAAUCCCCAGAAGGACCCGAAGGUGAGGGACAACCCAGAGAGGGGGAAGGGUUUUCAGUGGCCGUGGCACGAGAUAGACAACCGACCGAGGCCGCCAACGGGAGCAAUGAUCUGCAGUUUCUUGGGCAUCCCCAACCAGGGCCCCUGUCCACCGAAGAGCAACCCGAGGCAGGCUCGAGAUCGCGAUCCAGCUCGAGAGACGGCGUGCGUUCACGAGUUCACGGGCCACGGCGGCAACGGUCGAGCGUUCUGGGUGCAGUGUUGCGGCUGCAAGAUGCACCUCGAGUACUGCCCGCAGUCAGCCCCAGGGAUGAUGAAGGUCAUCAACAUGCUCAACGACUUCAAGGACGAGGAGGCGAGGAUCAAGGGAUGGAAGCCCAGAGCGACCAAGACCAGCAGCAAGAAGAAGGAGGAGACCGAGACGGGACCAACAGCGACCAGCAGGCACCAGGACAACCGGUGUCAGAAGGACGAGCUGGAGGAGGAGACAGAGGACUGGGAGCAGCUGGGCGACUCCCCACGGAGCAAGGCCUUGACAGCGCUGCGCGAGCUACUUCAGCGACUGCUAGAGAAGCUCAGCGACAAGCAGAACAGCGUGAUCAACAAGUCCAUCAAGCAGAUCAGCGACUUCGAGGACCUGACUCAGGCAGUGGAGGCCGCGAUCCCCGAGAGCAGCGCCUUCGUGAAUCAGGUCACCCUCAACUUCGAGCCCGAGCUGGACCAUCUCAAGGAGGACGAUCGAGCCGAAAGGAGCGUGACCAACAAGGAGAUCGUGACGCUCAUGGGUUCCCAUCUGCUGACGAGGAUGGGGCAGCGAGAAGUCUGGAGCAAGCUUCAACACUCAGCGCCUCUCAUGGUAGUUAUCAAGCCUCCGAAGGACAUCUACAACACCAAGUUGAAGGAGAAGAUCGGCAAGGAGAUGCUGACGUUCAUCUCCGACGUGGCGAUCAAGCAGGCCGUCACCGGCAGGUACUUCUAUUACGAGCAGGACAUGAACUCCAGGGACUGGGAGGAUCCCCUCAUCAAGAAGCUCAAGCGUCUACCCGACAUCGGCGAGGACAGAGCGCUUCGGAAGGGCCGCAAGUACUUCUCCAAUCUACCCAAGGAUGCCAUCGAGUACGCCAAGUUGUUGAGCCAGGAGUUCGUGAAUCGACCACCUCACACCGCCCUCGGGGACAUUGACGACUCCCCACAGGAGCUGGUUGGGGUGCUGGUUCGGACGAUCAUCGAGAUGAAGACCACGAAGGAGCUCGGGGAGCAGAUCGAGGACAAGUGUACAGCAUGCUGCGCGGCACCUACGACACCAACAACGGCACCAAAAGACGAGAAGAGCACGGACCCUCACGUCAAGCAGCAGGUUCAGAAGAUCCAUGAGAACAUGGGCCACUGCAGCAACGAGAACCUGGUCAUGGUGUUGAAGUACGGCAAGGCCAGACAGGCCUUCAUUGAGGCGGCGCAGAAGCUCGAGUGCCCGAGCUGCGAGGCGAACAAGAGGCCGAAGCUCGCGAAGCCCUCCAAAGCUCCGACUACCUACCAGUUCAACGAUGUCAUCUGCAUGGACAUCUUCUUCGUGUUGGGACCCGAGAACACCACCAAGGUGCCCAUGCUGAACAUAGUCUGCCACGGUACUGGACAUCAAGUGGCGAUACCUCUACCGAGUCGACAUGGCCCUCAGAUACGGCGUCAUUACCGCGCAUUCUGGAAGCGUGUUUACGGGGUGCCCCGCAUGAUAGUCAUUGAUGGCGAGAAAGGUUUCUCUGCAGGUGAGUUUCCAGAAGCUGCUGAAGGAGAUGGCUCCGAGAUCAAGGUGGCGAGCGCUACUUCACCAUGGCAGGCGGGCAAGACCGAACGCGCUGGAGGCACCUGGAAGGAGACCUUCUACCGAACCAGGCAGAAGUUCAACACCAACAACUGGGAGGACUUCUACGAGCUCGUGGACGCGGUCAACGUGGCUAUGGGCGAGGCGAUGAACGGUGACACCGAGUUGGCCAGGAGCAUCGACAUGCGCAAGGCCGCCAUGGCUGCCUACAUCGAGGCCGAGGUCGCAGCCUGGGAGCAGAUCGACAACACCAUGAAGGAGGAGUUGAACACCGAGAACAGAGGACGUCGUAAAUACGAAGACCUCACUCGACAAGAUCAGCCACCAGACGAUCUUGAAGUGCCUCACUUUGCUCCACCAGAGCCAGCCGCGGAUGAUCAAGGGGCAGCCUCACAGCCGCCCACCACAGAGAUCGAGAAGGCCGCGGAUGUCAACCCGGAGCUGAUUCCCAUGGCCACCAAGUACUACGAUCAUCUAGACGACGUGCCGUUGACGAUAAAGCAGAACAUCAACAAUCCGAUCUCAGCCAUACCAGUCAGCGAGCGGAUUGCCGUCAUCGAAGCAAAGAUCAACAAGGAGGCGGAAGCACCACCCAAGAAGAAGGUUAAGAAAGUGAAGGCACCAGUCGUCAGCUCAGCCAUGCUCACCAACACCAAUCAACGACUUCGUAAGGAGAUUACUGAGAAGUCGCUUCUGAACACCUACACGUACCAGCCCUCCAUCGCCGCUAAGCGUAGAGAGUGGGGCAACAUCACGGAUGCACAAGCAAUUCGACUACUUCCACCUGCUGAAGCCGAUAAAGUACGUCAAGAUCCCGAUCGAGCUUCCAGGAUCAUGGGUUCCCGCUGGGUGCUCACCGACAAGGGCGCCAAUCCUGAGGAGGUCGACGCUAGCAAGCGGCAGUUGAUGUUCAUGAGCGACGGCACUUGGAGGGUGGCAAAGGCUCGCUGGACCGUUCAAGGCCGCACCGACCCCGACCUGCUCGACCUCGAGACCUACAGCCCAGUCGUCGGCAAGGACUCCGUGUUCCUGAUUUUGCAGAUCCUGUGCUCUAACAAGUGGACCUUGCAGCUAGCAGGCAUCACUUCGGCUUUUACCGCUGGAGAUCCACUCGAUCGAUCUCAAGGCAGUCUCUAUGUGGAGCUUCCUCGCACUGGGAUUCCUGAUGUGGAGGACGGUUCGCUGGUGGAGUUACUCAAGGCAGUGUAUGGCCUAGGCGACGCUCCAUUACAAUGGCUAUCAGCUUUCACCAAGUACGCCAAGGAGAUCGGUUUCCAGUGCUCCAUCUUCGACAGCUGCGUCUUCUACCUGAGAGACGAGAAGGGACUUCACGGCAUCAUGGGCCUCACUGUGGACGACAUCGUGGGUGGUGGAGACGUUUUAUUCGACACUGCCUGUCAGGAGCUACGAGAAAGGUUUCCUUUCGGAGCGUGGCGCCACAAGAGCGGGAAGUACACCGGUAAGGAGCUACAGCAGAACGAGGACAACACCGAGAUCACCAGGCCCGAUCUAUCUGGUCCAGUGUCCCUACUUCAAGGAAAGAUGCCCAACCUGGUGGUGGACGACUUGCUGGAGGCGAACCGCAUCGGCAGGAUGACUAAAGAAUUCAGCUCGGUGAUUCUCAGGAUCAGGCACAUUCCAUUUCAUGAGAAGGCCUUUGCAGUUUUCCAUGACGCGGCCUGGGCAAAUGCCAGAGAUGGAGCUUCGCAGGCUGGAUACAUCGCGUUCGCCACACAGCGCAAUAUUCUCAAAGGGGAGCCCGCCAUCAUCUCGAUCCAGUCCUGGAAGAGUCACAAACUUAAGAGGAAGUGUGCUCACCAGUUCGGUGCCGAGACGCUGGCGAUUUCAGAAGGAAUGGCCAUGGGGGAGUUCAUGCGCACCAUGUUGCUCGAGAUUACGGACAGCGAGUUCGACCUGAUGAGGCCCUACAUGCUAGCAUCCAAGUUUCCAGUGAUCAGCGUCACCGAUUCCAGAGGCGGCUACGAUCACGUGGCCAAUCCCAAGGCAGGCUUAGCCGAGGACAAGCGCGCCGCCAUCGAUGUAGCUAUCGUUCGAGCAGCCAUGCAACGACCAGAAGUUCACCUACGGUGGAUCGAGGGCACCAGCCAGCUCACCGAUCCACUCACCAAGCGUAAGGGCGAGAGCGCCCUACUACGACAAGCACUACAUGACGGAGAAUACGGCAUCACCGCAGACAGCAUCGUGCUUCGCCGACGAUACGAGGACAGAGUUCGACGCCAGAAAAAGGAGCCAGUCAUCUUCGCCGUGACCGACUGCUGCUUCUCUGGACUCCACCUCUACGAGAUGGACUGUACUGGCACUUCAGGUGCUACCAGCAACGUGGACGAUCUCAACUACGAGCCCGAAGCCUACAAGCGCCUCAGGGAGACCCAGCAGAUCUUCAGAGAGAGGCCCGAGGUUAGUCGCUUGAACCAGGCGAGAAUGAGCUGCAUCGCUGGCCUCGCUGUCUUGCGCGACCUUAGCGACAAGGUCAAAGGCUUCAAGGAGCAGAGGGCCCUGCUCUCCCUGGUGCUUGGACACGAGGGCAGGCACCGGCACCGUUGCAGCCAGGACGGAGCCGAGAUGCGGAGCAGCGGGGCGCUGGUGCCAACGCUGGCCUCCGCCGCCGCGCCACCGCCUUCCAUCUCCAUCUCCAUCCCCAUCCCCAUCUACAUCCCCAUCCCCAUCCCCAUCCCCAUCCCCAUCCCCAUCUCCAUCUCCAUCUCCAUCUCCAUCCUCAUCCCCAUCUCCAUCCUUAUCCCCAUCUACAUCCCCAUCUCCGCCUCCAUCUCCGCCGGGGCGCGCCCGGAGGCGUACCAGGCCAACGACGCCUGCAAGUUGGCGGCGCUGACCGCCUGUACCAGGUGGCUGCACCUCCAGCACGCCAGCCCCACGCUGCGGGCGCAGAAGAGGUCCGCGGGCGCGGGCGGCGGCGGCGGCGGCUUCUCGUCGGACUUGGUGCGCCAGGGCCAGCUGAGCGAGCUCCCGCUCCUGAAGGUGGCGGCCCAGACCAUUAGCAGCGUGGGCACCUCCCACCUGGAGCUCUGCCGCGCCUGCGCCGACCUGCUGAGCGAGGCCCAGGCGCUCACCACCGAAGCCACCCCGCAGGCGCGCGCCGUGCAGCUGCUCGUCGCGCAGGCGGCCGUGGCGGGCGGCCGCCAGCUGCUGCCGCUCACGCAGCCGCACCUGGAGGCGUGGGUCGUGCACGACUCGGAGCUUUGCAUGCGCACUUCCGUCCUCGGCCGCCUAGUGGGCGAGCUGGGCGGCAUGUUCUGCAGGCUCGUCGUCGCCGACGCGAGGGAGGCGAAGAGCAACGGCAUGGGCGGCGCGUCUGGCUCCUCGGCAACGCUGUCCGAUCUCGCCGAGGUGGCCCUGCACCUGACCGCGCUGCGGCACACGGACCUGGCCAAGUGCGGGCUCGACUUCUGGUACGCCGUGCUCUCGCAGUACCUGGGCGCCGUGGCGGAGGAGGACGACCCCUUCGACGAGGAGGGGCCCAUGCCCGCGAGAUCUGGCGGCCCCGCGGGCACGUGGAUGCGGGGCCGAGGCCCCGAGCAGGAGGCCCAGAGGCGCGCGGAGGAGAAGCCCGCCCUGAUCCCACACAUCGAGAACAUGGUCAAGGCGCACUGGCGGGCCGUGCGGUACCCCGUGGAGCCGGAGCGGACGCCGAAUUUCGAAUGGGACGAGUUCGUCCGCUUCCGCGAGAUGUGCUCCAUCAACAUCACGGAGGCGUGCCUGGUGGUCACGCCGCUGUGGAUUAUUGAGUACAUCGGCGUGCUGCUUGAGGAGAUCUGUAAGGCGCCGUCCAUCGCGUGGCAGGACAUCGACGCCUGCGUUUUCGUGCUCACGGGCGUCGCGUCCAGGGCCGCUGCGGGCCAGGACACUGUCAUUCCAAAGCUCAUUGAGAUCUUGCCCACCAUACCGUACCACACAGAGGGCUUCAAGGCGCUGCUGCUGCGGUGCGCGGCGAGCCGGCUCAUUCUCUUCACCUCGGGCUACCUGGCGCUGAACCCGGAGCCGUGCAAGGCCAUCCUCCGGUUCCUGGCGCUGCAGCACCUACCUGCGCUGCCCGUGCUGCCACAGGCGCCGCCGCCGAUGCCGGUACUGUGA